UUGGUGGACUACCAUAAUCAGUCAGGCACACAUCACUAAAAUAGUAUUUUUAUUCCAUUGUUGUCAGAAGUGAAAGUGCAUUUUUUUUCUCUUUAUGCAGUAGUAUACGUUUUAUAUUACCCCCAUCUUUAAGGGCUUCAUACAUAUAAACAAUAACAUAACAGAAGUGAACAUCAAAGCCAUUCAGUCAUCAUCAGCGGAAUAUUGAGCAUCAUUUAGGUUGCCAGGAAACCGCAGUCACAGCACCGGUUAAUGCUACAGUUUUGUCAACUCUAAUGGUCUUUUUGAGGACAAACUCAUUGUAUGUUCACUGCUGCUCCCCGAGCAGUUCGAGCCAAUCCGAGUGUGACAAAAUCAUGUUAACACAGCUCUGUCGCUUUUGUCUGGCCGCCUCUGAUACCGUUACACCAUUCAACCUACAGUUCUAUCUUUGAGAGAGUCACACAGAGUUGUCGUGUAUUACAUCCUGAUCUGAGAGAAGCGGACAGCCGUCGGGCGAGAGCAGCUGCCAUGACAGGGGUUGGGGCAGAAGAUGACAUCCCUCUCUGUGAGAGGAAAACUGUCACAGACUUCUGCUAUCUCCUGGACAAGUCCAAACAGCUUUUCAAUGGCUUGAGGGAUUUGCCUCAGUAUGGACACAAGCAGUGGCAGUCCUAUUUUGGCAGAACAUUUGACAUAUACACCAAGCUGUGGAAGUUUCAACAACAGCACAGACAGGUUCUUGACAACCGGUAUGGUCUCAAGAGGUGGCAAAUAGGCGAGGUCGCCUCAAAAAUUGGCCAGCUGUACUACCAUUACUACCUCCGCACCUCAGAAACGAGCUACUUAAAUGAAGCCUUUUCUUUCUAUUCGGCCAUUCGCCAACGGUCAUACUACCACCAGGUCAACAAAGAAGACAGGCCGGAGCUGGUGGUAAAAAAGCUGAGGUAUUAUGCUCGCUAUAUCGUUGUUUGUCUGUUGCUCAACAAGAUGGACCUGGUUAAAAUGUUGGUCAAGGAGCUUUCAGAGGAGAUUGAAGACUACACCCAACGCUUCAACACAGAGGACCAGCUAGAGUGGAACCUGGUGCUGCAGGAGGUGGCUGCUUUUGUGGAGGCAGAUCCACUCAUGAUCCUAAAUGAUGACAAUGCUAUAGUGGUCUUAUCCAAUCGGCUGCAAGAGGGGGGCUUGCCCCCGCUUGAACAGGGCAUGGUGGUUGGCCAGCUCACCUUGGCAGAUGUGCUCAUCAUUGGCAACUGUAACAAUCAGGUGAAAUUUAGUGAGCUGACCAUCGAUAUGUUUCGUAUGCUUCAAGCCCUUGAACGGGAACCAGUCAACCUCGCCACACAAAGCUCCAAGCCAGGGAUACUUGUAAGAGAAGACUCUUACACUCUCCCUGUCACUCUCUAUGAGCCCAAUGAAAAGUCAGCCAAGAGAGAGAACCCUCAUAAAUAUCUCCUCUACAAACCAACCUUCAGCCAGCUUUACACUUUUCUGUCUGCCUCCUUCAAGGAGUUGCCAGCCAAUAGUGUACUGCUGGUGUAUCUAUCUGCCACUGGAGUUUUCCCCACUGGACGCUCAGAAUGUGAAGGACCGUAUGACUUUGGAGGUGUCCUGACCAAUACUAAUCGAGAUGUGGUAAAUGGUGAGAUGGUGCAAAAGAGAAACCAGGCACAAAAAGAGAUGCACUGCCUACACCCAGGAGACCUAUUCCCCUUCACCAGGAAACCCCUGUUUAUCAUUGUAGACUCAUCCAACAGCACAGCUUAUAAGAAUUUUUCAAAUUUUUUCGGCCAGCCGCUGGUAUGCCUGCUUUCUCCAACAGUUUAUCCGAAGAGCAUGCAAGAUCAGUCUCAGCGUGGGAGUCUAUUUACUCUCUUUCUCUACAACCCCCUCAUGGGCUUCCUGUCUGUCUGUGGACUGACCAGCAUGCGCUAUGGAUUGUGGGAAAAGGCCCAGGAACUCCUGCGGAAGCUUUUCCAUGACAUCGGCCAGAUGAUCACCAAUUCGCGAGUCGUAGAUCAAGCCUUCCUACAAUUUUAUGGAGAUGAGUUUCUGCGUCUGCUGAUGAUCCGUUUCGUGUUCUGCUGCACCACUCUCAGAUUACAUAAGCUCUUCCGGGAAGCGAGGAGUUUUCCAGAAUCGUACCCCUCGCUGCCUAAACAGGAGAUGGUGGAGAGCAGCCUUCUACAGAAACAUGUGCUGGAGCUGGCAGCCAUGUUGGAUGUGCAAAAUCUCUUCUGUGAUGGCAUGUUGGAUAACUAUUGACCACAUGGUGGCACCAUGCCAACUUGCAGGCACACGCACACACCAACAUACACACAGGCAGAUGCAUACACAAUUUGUACAGUUUCAUGUGAAUAAACAUGCUGGUUGUUUAACCUUUAAACAUUUAGUUAAUAACUAUCCAAGAGAAAUGUCUCAUCUUUGUGGGCAGAUAUUUGCAGUUUGUCAUAUUCACAUCUAUUUCUAGAUUUUAAGGAACUACAGACACCCAGAUGCAAGUGUAGCUCCCGACAUACAGGAGAACACAUUGAUUAAAUACAUACAUGUACAUACAUGUACCGUAUGGUUGUAUGGUUGUUCAGACCUGUUGAGGGCAGCUAUUGCCGUUUCUGUAGGUGGUUAGAGAGCACAAGAUAACAAGGGUGAUUGUGGCCAAUUACAGAUCGAGAGUAACAAAAGACUGGGAAACAAUUUUUUUUGUCAGUUGGUGGAAUUCCAGAGAGAGACUUCCAGAAGUUUUAAGGUGAGCCUAAGGCUUUGGCAAAACACAUUUUGGAGAAGGAAGUUUGUGUUUCCUUCUCAACAUUUUUGACUGCAACAUUUACAUAACUUUUCCAUCAGGAGCAUCCUGCAUGUUUGCAUUUAUUUGCUCCGAUGUUUUAUUUUUAUGUCUUGCCUUAUUGUUUGUUUUUGUUCAUUGAAAUGUGUUUGUUUUUCAGUCUUACACAAAUUUUUGUGGACAUGAGCCUGGUCUUUUGAAGGAGGUUCACUAUGCUGUACCUCUUUUAUUUCGUCAUCAGCUAACUCCAUUUUUAUUAGGGCUCCAACUAACGAUUAUUUUGAUAAUCGAGUAAUCUAAUGGUUAUUAGAACGAUUAUUAGACUAUUUGGCGAUUAUUGCAACGAUUAAUCAUUAGCUCCUAACCGAUUAUUCUGCUUGUGUCCCGACUUAAAAGGUUGUAUUUAAAGUUCUUACUAACAAUAAAGAGGAAAAAAAUCAUAUUUUAAAAAUUACCUCUAAAUGACCUCAAUUAAAGGGAAAAAUACUUUUUAUUAAGUUUAAUUCAGUAAAGAAAUUUACUGCAAAAAAAUCCUAUUGUUAUCAAGUGUUUUUGUCUAAAAAUCCUUAAAACAAGAUACAUU